AUGGCGUAUGUCAAUGCGUAUCAACCCCCUCCUCCCGCGAAACCUGCUUACGGACUUCAUGGUCCCGUCCCCUAUGACAUCAACGUCGCCUUUCCGCUCGACUUUACUCAGCUGGAGACCUCGCGUCUGAAGCUAACGCCGUUCAUCCCUUCCAUUCACGCUGCAAAAUAUCAUGCAGCAAUCUCAGACCCCGUGCACUUCUAUCGUUACUAUCCCUUUUCCAGCAUAGAAGAUCCAGAGUCGUAUCUGCUGUUCAUGGACGCCUUCGUGCGCCAGAACCCGUACAGUGUCCUCCUCGCAGUCAUCGACAGGACAACCCCAGACCCGGACUAUCCGGAGUGGGGAGGGAAGCUUGCAGGGACAAUUGGACUCCUCAAUUAUUCACCAACGAACCUAUCCGUGGAGGCUGGGGUUCUGUGUAUCCUGCCCGAAUUUCAGCGUACACAUGUCGCAACGCAUGCAGUAGGAACACUCCUCAAGUACUGUUUCACAAUGCCCUGUGCAUCCCAGUCUGAAUCUGGGUUGGGGUUGAGGAGAGUAUAUUGGUAUACACAUACGGAUAACGAGCCAUCCCUGAAACUUGCUGCUCGUAUGGGGCUCAAACGCGAAGGAACUUUGAGAUGGGCGUGGGUGUUGCCCGUCGGGAAGGAACUUGGGAAGACACCUAGGACAACCGACCUGUUGGCAGGACUUGGGAGAGACAGUGCAAUUAUGGCUAUGUCAUGGGAGGACUGGGAGGACGGAGCAAGAGAAAUUAUAACGACACAAGUGGCUCGGAUGGAAUGA